AUGUCGUCAGAAAAAAUGGCCAUCGCUGCUUCGGAGAAUUAUCAACUUAAGUGGCACAGCUAUGGCGCGCAUCUGCAUAGCUCUGUCGCGACGUUACUCCACUCAGAAUCCUUCGCAGAUGUCUUGUUGGCAACGUCCUGCGGCCGGCACGUGGCGGCUCAUCGAUUUGUCCUUGCCGCUUGCUCCUCGUAUCUCAGUCAUAUUUUUCAAACAUGCCAUUUUGGUGCAAACACAAACGCUCCAAUAAUCGUGGUAUUACCGACGGAAAUUGGAUAUCGUACGUUAAAAAUUCUAAUUCAAUACAUGUACAGUGGCGAAGCUACCGUGACGAAUGAUCAGUUAGAGGGUGUGCUAAAGGCGGGUGACAUAUUACGUGUACGUGGCUUAUGGAGAUCAAAUACGGCAAGUAAAAAGGAAAAUAUACAGUCGAAUAAUCAAAAGGUGGAGCGAGACAAACGGGAGCAACCACCGUUAACUGGUCAAAUUCAAAAGAUCAAGUUGGUUCAACCGAGUACGGAGAAGAUCGUGGAAAAUGUGCAACAAACUACGCCAAUGCAACAUAACGUUCAACCUCAGAAACCUACCUCAGAGAGAAAGAGUAUCGAGAAAAUUGAGGAGAAGAUUAGCGAAACGGAUAGUAAGAAGGUGUUGGAGGAAAAUAAGAAUAACGAGCAAAAUAAGAAUAAGGAAAAUGUAGAGGCCAACGGAAAGAAAAGGAAAACCACCAGCAGCGAUGCGGAAUCUAAUAAAUCUAAAAGCGAGGACGGCGAAAAUACCGAGUUAAAUCUGGAGCUUUUAGUGAAAGAUGAACCAAUUUGGGAAGAAACUAUCGAUCCAUCGGAAUCAUUGACGAUAGACCACGAGAUUGAUAUAAAACCGGAAAUCGUGCACAGUGCAGAUGAAGAGGAAGAAUACAGUCCAUUAACAUGCGACAUGUGCAGUCAAACGUUUAAUCGGCCAUCGGACUGGGUAAGACACAUUGAAUUUACACACGCUGAUAUGACCGAAAAUCGAAGAAAAAAGAGGAAGGGCGAUGUAGACGACGAUAGCAAAGAUUUUCCACCUUUAAAGUGUGAUCUUUGUGGUAACAUGUAUUCGACGCCUCAAGAAUGGGUACGUCAUAUACAAACGGAACAUACGGAGGAACAAUUAGCUCUGAUGAACAACUCGGCACCUCCUAAACCAAAAAGAGUUCACAGUCAUCAAAAAUUGUGCAACAUUUGUCAAAAAGAAUUUCCAAGCCAUGCGUCAAUGGUAAUCCACCAAAGAACGCAUACAGGGGAGAAGCCUUUUCUUUGUUCCUAUUGUAAAAAAGGCUUUAACGUAAAAAGUAAUUUGUUAAGGCAUUUAAGGACAUUGCAUGACAAAUAUGUACAUCCCAGCUUAUACGGGAGUAAUGGUAACACGAAUGCUUAA